UUGUAAAAAUGGUUGAAGAACAAGGAAAACGUGUUGAAGAUGCAAUUGUAAAAUUUGUUAAAGACGUGGAUGAAUCUUUAACAAAAAUUGAAGAUGAUUGGCAUAGAUGUAAAGCAAAAUGUUGUGAUAAUAAAUCAUACAAUUCACAAGAAGUACAAAGUUGUGUUGAAAAUUGUAGUGGUCCAUUAAACAGAGCUCAACAAUAUAUUCUAAAUGAAUUUGAACGUGCUCAGAAUCGUUUGCAAAGAUGUGUCAUGGAAUGUGAAGAUUCAAUUCGUGAUAAAAUGGGUCCAAAUCCAUCACAAGAUGAGGUCAACAAUUUGGGUGAAGAUUCUGAAAAAUGUGCAAUAAAAUGUGUUGGUACAAUUGGUGUUGGUCUACUUCCAGCUUUUCAAUCAGCAAUGAAUAUAGCACUUCAAAGUGAUAAAUUUAAUUAA